AUGACUUCCGUUAAUUCCGACGAUUCACCCUCCUCUCAAAGUCCUAAAACCCAACGAUCAAAAAGUGGCUCCAAAAGCACCAACUCUCGCCGUCUUCAAGAGCUGCCAACAGGCUACGGCUACAAUGACGUCAACGGCGAAGAUAAUCCAGCAAGCGUCCUCCAGAGCGACGACCGAAAUCGCUCCGCUUAUAUCCAGGAGUUGCAAAGGACCAUCGAAGCCCUUCGCGCUCAACAAGGGGCCCGUCGAGAUCGUUUCGCCCAACCACGAAAGUCGCAAUUUAGCGGCGAAGGAGAUGAGCGUCACCACUUUGCUCACAGUAGAGAAGACCGCAUACAUCCACACCAAUUUGAAAAUGGCGAAGAAACGGAAAAGGGGUGGAAGCUGGUGAACAAUCGCCACGGCUUUUCGGACAUCUACGAUGAAAGCGAGAAAAUAGAAGAUAUCCGGAAGAGGGAGCGGGAGAUACGUAGUGGGGGUAUAAAGCCUUCAUUUUGUUCCAUUUUGGCGACAAGGAAACUGACUGCGUUAGGCUACGUCCUUUCCGUCUACGAUGAGUAUGAUGUAGAUGGAAAAUUAAUGCACGUCCUUCUAGCAAUACACUCAACUCCUUUGCUGGACCUGCUACGCCAAGUCAUUACGUUCUUUCCGGGAGAUGAAUUCGACAAUCUUAGAGGCAAAGAUUCGACUGACGACACUGUGACUUUCAUGGAUCCAUAUAUGAUCUUCUUCGCAUAUAGAGCCCAGCUACGCCAGACUUUGAAGGGCGACUUUGCUGAAGAUGCCAAGCAGCAUGUGACAGAUGCGAAGUUGACAGAGAUCGAAGACGGUCGUUGUAAAAAGAUAUCCUACGACAAGCUGUUUUUGCUAUACCCUCCAAACACCGCUGUUUACGCGUGCAAAGGCGUGGAUGAUCGUCAAAUCGUCGUCUACUCCCGUUCGGUGACGAAUUGGAACACUAGGGGUCCGAACAGGACGAUGAGGCUGACGUGUUGGGAAGUAACGUUUGAGGGAGGAACCUUCAAGCGUGACUUCUCGGAAUGGAAUAUAGAGCCUUAUUCCGGCGAAAAGAAUAUCAGUAAUCUUGAGCUUGUGCCCGUGCGAUACAUGGAGAACGAGAAGGAGCUGCAUAACAAACUCGUUGCCCGGGGUCGACGCUACUUUGAACUCAACAAUGGAGCUUCGCUUCAGGACUAUUACGGUGAUAGGUUCCCUCGGGUCUACAAGGACGAGCCCGUGCGAGUGGUCGUUGAUGAGGAUACUUACUGGCGAAAGUAUCCUCCGAGUGUGGCAACCAAUGAGGGCCCUUCACGAGAUUAUGGUUUCCCUGAAGGAGAAGAGGAUCUUGUGGAUCAUGACGGUCAGCCUCUCGAAGACACGCUCCUGCGAUGUUUCCCGGAGGUCGGCGUUCUCUCCAUGCGCGACAAGGAAUGGACGCUAGUAAAGGUGGAUGACCUUAAGCCUGUCCGAUUUCGGGAGAAAGCGUUUAGAAGAUUGGUCAUUAGGGACGAUUAUAAGAGGAUCAUUAAAGCUAUGGUGGAAGCAUAUCGGCUGGAGAAACCGGGCUUCAGUGAUAUAGUGAGCGGUAAAGGGCGCGGUCUUACGAUCUUGCUCCAUGGCCCGCCUGGCACAGGCAAAACGCUUACCGCUGAAUGCGUGGCAGAGAAACAGGAGUGUCCUCUUUUCACCAUCAGUUGCGGAGACCUGGGUACCGAGCCAGAGCAAUUGGAGGUCAAGCUGAAGGAGGUCUUCGAGUAUGCCGUCACGUGGAAAGCCAUACUCCUCCUCGACGAAGCCGACAUCUUCCUCCAAGAAAGGGACGUCCACGACGUAAAGCGUAACGCCCUCGUCUCCAUCUUUCUCCGCGAGCUCGAAUACUUCGAUGGCAUCCUCUUCCUAACCACCAACCGUCCCGGCGACAUUGACGAAGCCUUCGUCUCUCGCAUCCACAUCACCCUCGGCCUCAAUUCCCUAACACGCGAAGAGCAGAGAAAGAUCUGGACCAUCUUCAUCAAAGACUUGGACCUCUCGGACGCCGACAAGCGCGCCUUGCUCUAG